AUGCAAAUUUGUAAACUAUUAUUAAUUUUCCCCUUUGUAUUUAUUAAAUUAACUUUUGAACUUAAAUUUACUAGGCUUCCAAGUUACUCGCUCUCACUCUCAAAUUUAUACACAGAUCAAAACAUAACUUGGUUAUUUAACAAUAAAAUCGAGCCUUCCGUUUCUAAUAUAGUAAAAGAAGAGUUAUUAUCGCAACUAAAGAGUUUCAAGCCGGACCAAUCAACUUUAUCUAAAGCUUCAGAAGAGUUAGAAGAAAUCGCGCUUGACAUAUCAAAGAAAAUAGCUAAAAAGAAGAAAAAAUUCAGACUAAAGAAUUUAUUCCUUCUGGAGGAUCUAAAAGAUUCCUCACUGUUAACUGAACUUUUCUCAUUUUUCAAGGAAAACCCAGUGGUCUACUCAAUUUGGAAUUCAAACCGAGCCAUUUUUUCAAGAGAAGAAGAGUUUGUCCUGGAAAUACAAUAUAAAUUUCCUAUAAAGUUAAAAGCUGUGCCAAAAUUCUAUUUCUCGCCAGUUGUAACAUACAAAGUGACUGCCACUAAAGGUACGAAUUUAUCAUUUAUUUGUAUGAGCAAAAUUUUAACAAAAAUCUAA